AUAAAUCCGAGUGGCGCGCGCGAACACGUUUUAACAUCCUCUGUAAGCUCAACUGAAGCUCCACUGUGCACUGCGAAGCUUAACUGUUCUCUGCGAAGCUCCAGCUGCCCAGCUGCUCCAUUCACGCAUUCAGUAGUUCACGUGGCGCGAUUGACGAAACAGUAACGUCCGCGGGUGUGUUUUUGUCGAAACUUGCAGGCUAACGGAGCAAACAACGUAAGACGCGAUGCUGUGAAAUGUGUGCUAAACAAUAAAACUAGCCAAUUUAUGGAAAUACAAUUUAUAACCCAAGCAAAGCGUGUAAAGUGGCGUGCGAGUGUGUGAGCGCCGAAGACGCUCAAUCCGCGCUCUGUGUGUGUGUGAGAGUGACAGCCUGAUAUAAAUAAACCGCAAUUUGCACACAAUUUACUGUUUAUUGCUUUGAUUUUGUGAUUCGCGUCGUAAACUCCGUCGUUUCCCCCCCCGCCACCGAUCGUCGGCAGGCGGCAGGGUAAUCAAUAAACAAAGUCAAAAACCAGUCACCGUCAUAACUGUAGGCCCACAUGUGGUGUUUUUUGGAUAAACGUGCAAAUAAAGUGUAAAUGCAAAAAGCCGGCCAGUGGUACACACACACACAUGCACACGCAUACAAAAAGUAAAAGCCUUCUGCCCGAGUAGCCUCUUCUCGCAAGCAGCUGUUAUUGUUGCCUAUGAUGGUCGGAACGGGGUCAAAAGUUCGUGUCUUGGCCUGUUAUAUCCCCCGCUAAUUCAACCACACUCACUCGCAUUCAGACACACACAGCAGAACAGAGGGAAGCAGAGAAACAGAGAACGGAGAGGAGAAGUGUUCCUCAAGUGCAGGCAAAGACAGAGCGUCGCCCCGUCUGGCAGACAAAGCAUUAGACAAGUGCCGGUCCAGGCCCAGGCCCAGGCCCCCACACACCCCAAAAGCCGAGACAAACUAGGCCAAUACGCGAGAAAGCAGCCUAAAACAGGGGAGGAGCUGAAGUGCAAGACCCAAGAGCAGGCAAAGACAAGAGCCAGAGCCUAAGACUUGCAGAACAUAACGGUACAGAACAGAACAGAACGGAGAGGAGAAGCAUUGCAAGACUCAACCGGCGAAAGAGCAGAGGAGGAGGAGUGGUAGGAGGAGUACCAGUGUGCCCACCCAAAAACACUGCAACACACACAUACAACUACAAAAUAUAAUAAAGACAAAAGUGAAAAGUUCUAUCUCUCUCUCGCUCUCUCCGGCCAUUUGUCAAUGACUGUAACUGUGUGUGGAGUGACUUCUCGCGUGACUGCCAUCCGACAUCCAAUGCCCGUAUCCGUGUCUCGUGUCCCGUGUCCCGUGUCUGCGGGGGGAAAGCACCACGCGGAAGUGGAAUAACUGCUGAAACAGACUCCCAGGACAAGGACUACUCCAAAGCAGGACCACUCGCGCGGCCACAAUUCGUGUAGAAGCGGAGGACUACGACGAGCCUGGCCAUAAAACAGAGGCGGCAAAUAGAAAAAGCCAAACGGCAAACGCCAAGCAGUAAGCAGCCAUCCAGGCAGCCAGCGCCAUCCAGGCUUUGUCUGUCCUGUCUGGGGCCCUGGCAAUUGGCCAAGUUAAUAGAGAAAGCCAGAGACAGAGCCGGGAUGCCCGAUAAUGACGUUGUUGCAGCUGCAGCCGCUGCUUCUGCCAGCAACCCGAUGAUGAUUCUGCUAACUUGGUUAUUGCUGUCGGCAUAGACACAAAAACACAGACCCAGAAGCAGAAACAGAAGCAGAAGCAGACGCAGGCACACAGCGAGAGACAACAAGAACAAAAAGAUAAAGCUGCCACACCCACUCGACAGCAGGCCAUCGUCCAGGCUCACUGCACUUCCGCAUCUUGUUCCUGUCGCCGCCAUCAUCCAGGCAUCGUGGCCAUCGCCAUGCCACUCCACAAGGCGCACAGCAUCUGCGUGGCCAGGGUGCUGCUCCUCGUCGUGAUUGUGAUGAGCGAUAUGACAAAUGGCGGCGUGCAGGGUCCCAUCGAGGGCUACAAUACGCUGGAAGAGAUGAUGAUGACAACGACAGACAGAGCACAGGCAGCCAUGCUCCUGCCCACAGCGCCCACUGUCGCCUACACGCAUCCCAAAUGGAUGGAGCCAUAUUUCGAUCCCUCGACACCGCGCAAUGUCACCGCCCUUAUGGGCAAGAACGCCUAUCUCAGCUGCCGUGUGCGCAAUUUGGCCAACAAAACGGUAUCGUGGAUACGGCACCGCGACAUACACAUACUGACUGUCGGCUCGUACACCUACACCUCCGAUCAGCGGUUUCAGGCCACCCACCACCAGGACACCGACGACUGGACGCUGCAGAUAAAGUGGGCCCAGAAGCGGGAUGCGGGCAUGUACGAGUGCCAGAUAUCAACGCAGCCGGUUCGCAGUUACUUCGUCCGCCUGAAUGUUGUCGUGCCAACGGCGACCAUCCUGGGAGGACCUGACCUUCACGUUGAUAAAGGCAGCACCAUAAAUCUCACUUGCACUGUAAAGUUCAGCCCCGAACCACCGGCCUACAUCUUCUGGUAUCAUCACGAGGAGGUCAUUAAUUAUGAUUCAUCAAGAGGCGGCGUGUCGGUAAUUACCGAAAAGGGCGAUGUGACAACCUCAUUUCUGCUCAUACAGAAUGCAGAUCUGGCCGAUUCGGGCAAAUACUCCUGUGCCCCCUCGAAUGCAGACGUGGCCAGUGUGCGUGUCCAUGUCCUAAAUGUUCGGGCCAUAAUUUCAGGUGAACAUCCGGAGGCAAUGCAAACUGGCUCAUCCGGUUGUCAGUACAAUUGGCUGACAAUUGUCCUGCUGCUGGCCCUCGUCCUGUGCUACAGUCAACAAUGCACAGCCGCAUUGCCACCUCAGUUGCCAGGGGCAGCAGCUGCAACAGCGGCAGCGGCAGCGGCCAGUGAAAGUGCAACUGCCACGGCCACAUCGAGAAAGCGUUGCCCUGCGGUCGCCAGCUGCCGCCAAGCCGCAAGCCACGGCAACACUCAGACCCUGGCUCAAUCCCAGGCCAAACGCCACUGUCACAGAUGAUCGAAUGGAGGCAACAAAGGCGAACAGCAACAGCAACAGCAACCACAACUACAUAGCGUAAUGUAAGGAGACACAUGAAAUGUGUAAAGCGUGCAAGUGAGUAUAAGCGAGUGUCCGAGUGAAUGGGCAAUUGAGUGUUUGCUAUUCAGUCAUAAGUGUGUCAGUUUUAAACUAUGUAGAAAGUACUCAAAGUGGAAGCACUCAGCAUUUGCUACACAAUGUGGCACAAUGGCGUAGUAAUUGCAACCAUAAAAACUCUACACUAAAAUCUGCAUUCCCCAAGACAUAUGCAGUCCAAAGAUAGCUCCAAAAUUCGUUGACUUCCAGCAUAUGUUUCAACCGUCAUUGAAAUCUGUUAAUUAAAAUAUAAUUAGCCAACCGAAUGGGAUUAAUUCUGGAUUCCCUUUCCUCUUGCCACCGCCAUUGUAAAGCAUUGUAAGCGUCUAUAUAAAUAUGUGUAUGUGUGUAAGCCAAUAGAUUACCGUUUAAUGUGUAUGUUUAAACAACAACAAAAAAGGAAAACAGAAAUCAAAACAAACCACAGUGGUGGGUGGGAGUGGAGUGUAAAUAGCAAACUUAAACGUAAUUGCAGCAUUGCAUAAAUGCAGAGAGGCAAACAGAAUGUAUCACAAAAGUACGAUAGGAGUGAGUAAUCUCUUUGGCCAGCGGCGGGGACUCUUUUUAAUAUAUUAAUGAAUAAUCAAAUAAUGUGCAGAAGCUCCAUAUUCCAUAAUUAGAUAAAAACGUAGCCUUGCCUGCCUGCCAGCAGACAGCAGCAGCAGCAGCAUCGAGCCAUAAAACAUUCAAUUUGAUGCCAUAUCAAUAUCAUGCAAAUAUUUGCACUGCGCAAUUUUCCGCCAACACAAAUGUAAAUUCGAUUUUCCCCUCCCUCAAACAAAACCAAAAAAGGCAGAAAAUGAAAGCAAAUCCAUUUAUUUAUUUCUUAUUGCCACGGCAUUUAGUGUCACUAUUCAAUAAUUCCACGAGAUUCUACAGUGAGGUGAAAACUACUUUGAUUUCAGUGCCAAAAAUGCAGAGAGAGAUUUGAUGGAAAGAAUUGGUCAAUGUUUUCUUCGAUAAUAUUGGCAGCUGAAAAGUUUAUUUAAUUUCCGUUUCCAACUUUAAUUACAACAUUUUUGAUGUCUCUAUUAGACGGCCAAUUCUUUGAGUAAUCAUUUUUCAUAAUUAUUUAAAAAAUGCAGUUAAUUACAUUGAAUGACACAAGUGCCGGUACAGCAUAUAAGUAUGCCAUUACGCGUAACAAAAUUCCCCUGGUCCCCUUAUCAAAUUGCUUAAAUUGAUUGUAUUAAGCAACGAUACUCCAACUAUGUGAAAUGUGGUUGAAAAAAGAAUAUACAAUUUCGAUUGGUGGUGCAAAAAAUGUUGCAAUAAAAAUCCGAUUGACACACACACACCAUAUAAAAGUUUCAUAAUUGUUUUAAUUAAAAAACAACAAUUUCGCUGCCCUUAACAGGGGAUAAAUCAAACACAAUUUGUUAGCCAAAUCAAGCAAGAACCAAACUCAAAACUGGCCACCAUAAAAACCCAUUGAGAUCGUUUGGCCAAUUAAAAUGUACGCCACUGAUGUGUGUUUGCUUCCCAUCUACUUUUUGUACUGAAACAUAAUUCCAAAUUAUGCAUUUCCAUUGUGUUUUCUGCGGCCGCGGAAGGACAGAACAAAUUAUAUUAAUUUCAUUUAAGCUGUAAAAAUAAUGUUAGUCGUAAGCCGAUUUUAUAUGUGUGUGCGUGUGUGUGUUAUCGGGCAAAUUGUAUCAUAAAUGUUAAUGUACAUUCCCCCCAUAUAUGCCAGUAAAGCAGUUGCACAGGAUACAUAUUCAUAUUAAUGGGAGAAGUGAUCCAUAGCGCAGAUCUUCCAGUCCGUCUGUCUGUAUCAAUAACCGAACUUAUCAAUUCCCUCGAAAUACAUUUGUAAAUACCAAUCCAUUCGUAUCGCAGUUUUCCUGUCAACCUGCCGGUUUUCGGGGACUGUUUUAUCCAUCUGAAACUGCAGCUAACCAAUCAAAAGGAUACGCAUACACAGAUAGCCAGCAGCUACACAUAGAGAUUUGAGUUAAGUGUGAAUAAAUACAUAUGCCAGCCAGCCAGCCAAUUUGUAAUUCUGAAGUGGUAAUGCCAUAAGCCCGCAGGCAUUUGCCGUAAACAUUUCGAGCGCAGUACAUAAAUCUAUAUAAUCGUAGGACAUCAACUAAGUAAUUCCUGUAUAUUAAAGUUAAUUAGUGAGAGCCGAUAACUAUGCAUUAGCCCCCCAGGCACACCAUACUGCAUAGUUGAAUAGUUUUAAUAAAACAAUCGAACUGUAUAAAACGAAGAUAAAAACCCACUACUUUUAACUGUUGAAUUAACUACGAGUUGUACUAAGCGGCAGACUAGUCGAAUGGAUGUUUUUGCAAGUGCAGAAAGUCAGGCACGUACGAGUUUGACAUCAUAUAAAAACAUAGCAAAGCAUUGCAAUAAUAAACAAAUAGCAAUAAUAACUAAAGAACACAAUUGUUGUUUGUCGCCAGAGAGAG